GUGUCCCAUCUCCAUCUGGAUCUGUUUCUGGAGCCUCUGCCUCUUUUACCUCUUUUCAACGAUUUUGGGCCUCCAUCCAUGGACUACAUGCAGGCUAUGAAGCCACCAUGUGCCCAAGGUUCCCAGAUCACGUACAUGGGCCUGCUUUCUGUCAUUGAGGAGAUGGGCAAGGAGAUCCGACCUACUUAUGCAGGCAGCAAGAGCGCCAUGGAGCGGCUGAAGCGAGAUAUUUUCCAUGUCCGAGAACUGGUAAGAGAGUGUCUGGCAGAGACAGAGCGCAAUGCCCAUAUGUAACAGUUGCUUCCUCCUGGCACCGUCCUGUGGACUUUCUGGCCAAUCAUCACCACUUUGAAAUCUGGUGAUCCAUCCCCUGCCCUUUCCGUCAAUCACUGUUGUACAUACUGGAACUACCAUUGCCUUUAAAGACCUUUAUACCAAUUGGCACCUAAGAACCUGAAGUGUCUCCUGCUGCAUCAGAAUACUUCCCAUCAAUUGGCAUUCUGGGAACUGAUGCAGAAACAUUUUGUUGCACACACCUGAUCAAGCAAUGAGAAUAAUGGCUAGUAGCAAGUCUGUCAUUAUAAAUUAUGUGGGGGUUAUAAAUAAAAGAAAAGCUUUGGAAUUGAGAUUCUCUCUUUUGCCCUGUGUGUUUUUAAAACUUCAUGUGAUGGAAACUAAGACAUUGAGGGUCUGUAUUGCAAGAUGUGCUUCCAUAGAAAAGCAGCAUGUGACCCUCUCUAGCGCUUGGAGUGGAAACGUCAGUCA